AUGGAGGAGGAAGCGGACUCUCCGCUCCUACGCUUUCUGAUCGACCUUCUCAAGCCCAUAUCGGAGGCGGAUCCGGCGCUGCUGGCGAACUACGUGGUGGCGCUGCUGAAGAACAGCAAGCCGCACGACGAGCUGCGCCGCCUCUGCCUCGACCAGCUGCAGGACUUCCUCACCGACGAAACUGAGGGUUUUGUAGCGAAGCUGUUCGACGCCCUCGAGCGGGGGGAGAUCUCGCUAGAAGACGCGGAGGAUGAGAACGCGGGGGAAGACGUCGACGCGGACAAGAAGCGGAGUCGGGGGGACGACGCGGAACCCGCGGAAGCGAAUGAGUCCGGGAGAGACGGGGGAAGAGGCGGAGGGAAGAGCGGAGGCAAGCGGGGUGAUGGGGGCCAGCGGGGCGCGGAUGAGGAGGGGGGUAGGGGGAGAGGGGGCAAGAGAAGUGGCACGUCGCGAGAGAGGGGGGUGAGGGAAAGGGCAUUGGGGGAUGAGGAGAAGGAGCGGGACGAAGAUGGUGGUAAAGGCGGUGAGAGGGGCGAGAGGGAGCCGUAUCCCGCGGCUGAGGCGGAGGCGGAAGAGAGGGCGGAAGCAGGGGGGGAGGAGCGGGAGGAGGAGGAGGAAGGGCGGCGGAAGCGGCACGAGGAGGACGAAUCGAGCGACGAUGACGACGAUAGAAACCACAAGCACAGGCGCAGAGGCGGCGAGCGCACGUUCCGCGACGAGGGCGCGGCGGGGGAAGGAGCACGCAGCAAAGACCCCGCGGAAGGGCGCGGUAGCGUGCACUCGCGCCUAGAGGGCGCGCGGGAUAGAAGAGGAGGUGACUUCAGCGGGGGUGGCGCAGGCAGGUCGUUCCGCAGCCGCGACGGCCCCCGUUCCUUCAGGCCCGGGGAUGGGGGCGGCAUGGGCGGAAGGGGCGGGCCUAUGGGGCGGGAUUUUCCCCGCGUGGGGGGCCCUGGUCCUGGGCAGCCUAUUCUAGGUCCGCAGAUGGGCAUGCCGCGGUUCCCCAUGGGGGGAAUGCCAGGGGGAAUGGGGGGGCGCGCGGGCCUCCUCAGGGGCAUGCCUGGGCGCUUUGACGGGGGCCCGGGGAGGGGCAUGGGGGAGCAGUGGGGCAUGGGGGGAGCAGCGGGCGCAAUGCCUGGUAUGUUGCCCGGCCGGGUCGGGCCUGGGAUCCCUCCCCCCGGCCUCCCUGGUGCCCCUAUGCCUGGCGCGGGGAUCGCAGGGGCAGGCCCGGGCAUGGGGAACGGCAUGGGCGGGGGCAUGGGGAGGGGGUUCUUCCCCGGGAGAGGCGGGGGAGGGGGUCCGGGGCUUAUCAGACCAGGGUUUGGCGCAGGGGGACCGGGCUUUGGAAUGUUCCCAGGGGGCGGGGGCGGGGGAGGGAUGCCGGGAAUGGGCGGGGGAAGGAUGGGCGCAGGCGGAGGGGGAAGGGGCGGGAGGGGAGCAGGCGAGGAAGGGGGUGCGGGAAUGGUGGGCGGAGGGGGAGCAGGUUCGGGGGGGCCCACGGGGAAGCGCGCGCGGUGCCCUGACUUUGAGGAGAAGGGGUUCUGUCUGAAGGGCGACCUGUGCCCGCUGGACCACGGCAACUACCGCAUCGUUGUGGAGGACAUGCAGUCCCUGCAGCAGCUCAAUCUUCCUCUCCCGCCACAAUCCCUCGGCAUGCCGCCAAACUCCGCCGCCCAGCCGCCGCCCGGCCAGCUGGCCGGCACACGGCGACCGAGAGUAGAAGGCGGCAGGGGAGGCAGAGGCAGAGGAGGGGAAGCGGGGGGACGAGGAGGAGGCGAGAGCGGGGCAGGGGACGGGGGGGAGGAGCAGGAGGGGGUGGGGGUAUCGGCAGCAGUGGACGGCGGGGGAGGGGUGAUGGCAGACGAGGGGGAGCAUUACGACCCGGACGAGGCUCUGUGGGUGCAUGACUCCAAGAGGGCCAAGGGCAUGAGGGAAGUGCGGGCGUACGGGGGCGAUGGGGCGGACGGGAACGGGCGCAUGCAGGGGGGCAGGCGGGGUGCGCCUGGUGAGGUGAGCGUUUGGGACCGGAUUGGGCCUGCUGGUGCUGGUGGGAGGGGCGGGGGAGGGGUGGGUGGUGGGGAUGGGGGCAUGGGGGCAGCAGGUGGGGAUGUGGGGAUGGAAUACACUCCUGACGGGGGCUUUAACAUGGGGUACAAUCCGCAGUUUCCAGGGAAUUUCGGGGGCGGAAUGGGGCCGGAGUUUGGAGGAAACGGGGCAGGGGAGGAUGGGCAGGGCAUGGGACCGGGCAUGGGACCGGGCAUGGGACCGGGCAUGGGACCGGGCAUGGGGCAAGGAGGGUAUGAGAGGAGAGGAGGACCAGGGGAGGGGGGCUGGCAGGGGCCGCAGGGGCAGCCCGGGCGGGGGGGCAGAGGGGACUGGGGGGGGAGAGGCAGGGGGGAAGGGGGCAUGGGCGGGGGGAGAGGCCGUGGGGGAGGCAGCGAGCGGAACCCGGACCUGAAAGCCCAGAUGACCGUCUUUGUGAACGGGAUUCCAUCAGAGCUCACAGCAGGCAAGGGUCUGCAAGCAUCGCUGAUCAAGCACUUCUCAAAGUUUGGUCCGGUGGUGGAUAUCAAGGUGCAUGGGGACAAGGGCCGUGCGUUUGUGCAGCUGGGUGCGAGGGAGCAUGCGGCAGCGGCGAUUGCAGCACCAGAUGCGGUGCUAGGGAAUAGGUUUAUCAAGGUGUUCUGGGCUAAUUUUGAUCUUCAGCCUGAUCCUGCCUCUGCUGCUGCCGCAGCUGCGGCGACUGCGGCUGCAGCGGCUGCCGCAGCUGGUUCGGCAGGUGAAGGAGGCCCGGGAGCAGGCUCGGUGGAGGGUGGGAAAGGGAGCGGCAAGGGUGAUGCUAGUGCUGGCAAGGGUGGGGCGAGUGCAGGGGGGGCAGCGGCAGCAGCAGCAGCAGUUGACCCUGCAGAGGCAGCAGCAAAGGCGAAGGCGAAGUUGGAGGAGUUGAGAGCGAUACAGAAGAAGAAAGAGGCGCUGCUGCGGGAGCAGAUUGAGAAGCGCCGGCUGUACCUGGAGCGACUCAAAGAGGCCAGCCAACAGAAACAGCCCGCUGCUGCUGCUGCUGCUGCUCCAGGCGCAGCAGGGGCGGAGGGAGCAGCAGCAGGAGCAGCAGCGGCAGCAGCAGGGGGCAAAGCAGUGGGCGCGUCUCCCAGUGCCCCCUGUUCCCCUCACUCUCCUGCCGGCCCAGCACCCUACAUGGGCGGCAGAGGGAGAGGGCGGGGCGGGUACGGUGGGUAUGGAGGGGGGUACCACUACGGGUGGAGCGGAGGGGGAGGGGGGCCGGGAGCGGGUGCAGGGGGCGCGUGGGGGAAUAAGUUCAAGCUGGACAAUCGCACCACUGUGGUGCGCGUCACACCGCCCAUUCCUGAAGCCAUCACCGAGGCGAGCAUGCUGUGGGAGCACUUCAGUGCGUGUGGGGAGGUGGUGAGCGUGGAGGUGGAGGGAGGCGGCACAGCUGUCACGCCGACCAGCGCCGUCCGCGUGCGCUUUGCGUCUCGUCCCGUAGCGGAGUAUGCGUAUAUGAACGGGAGGGUGCUGGCGUCAGGGGAUGCACUCACCCUCGCCUGGGGGCCUCCCGCCACCACUCCCCAUACUCCCGCUGCUGCCACUGCUGCGGCUGCUGCCUCUGCUUCCCCUGCUGCGGCCGGAGCGAAGGCAGCAGGUGUUUCGCCUCUCAAGGCUGCAGCAGGCGGGGUACAGAAGGCAGCUGCAGGAGCGGCCACAGCGCCAGCAGCAGCAGCAGCGCCAGAGGCAGUAUCCUCUGGGGGGGCUGCGCUUACUGCUCCUCAGUCUGCUGCUAACGGCAGCAAUGCUGCUGCUGCUGCCCCUGCUGCUGCUGUUGCUGCUGCCAGUGCUGCUGCUGCCUCAGGUGCUGGCACAGCUGAGACCACCAUACCAUCUGUAGCCGCUACAGACGCCGCGCCAGCUGUAGCAGUGGACGAGAGCAACGUCUCGACUGCUCUUGGCACAGCCACGUAUGUGACUGCCACGUAUCGUGCAUCUGAGGCAGGUGCAUCUGAAACAGGUGCAUCUGAGGCAGGUGCAUCCACAACAGGCGCUGUGCUGGAUGCGCUGGGGCGAGAGGUGGAGAGGGCUUGGGGAAGGGGAGGAGGAGAAGGGAGCGCGGGAGGGGAGAGCAUUCCUUUCUUUGGGUGCGUGGUUGGUGGCAGCAUGGCGCAUGGGCCAUGGGGCGGCGAGGGGGAGAUCAUGGGGGAGGCCCUCACAGGUAGAGUAGGCCGUAGCGAUGCGCAUGGCAUGGGGAACCACAGCAGGGAUGAUGCUGAUGCUGAUGAGGGUGAGGGGGAGGGGGAGGGAGAGGGAGAGGCAUUGGAGUGGGAGGAGGUGGUGAUGGCGGCGGCAGCGGACGAGGUGAUAGAAGGCGUGGUGCUGCUGGAGCUGAUUGAAGACGCCGACCACAUCAUCCGGGAAAUGGCCGCUUUUGCCCGGCACGAGGAGGGAACGCAGCUGGGCGAGGAGGACACGCAGGAGAGGCACGAGGCAGGGAAGGUGACUGGGGAGCUCAACUGCGGCCAGUUCAGCCCUGCGGCUUCCCCUGUGACCGCCUCCUCUGUUCUCUCCGCUCCUCCUUUCGCAGAACCCUCUAACUCGUUUGCUGAGUCUAUCCGAGCAAUCACAGAGGGCCACGUGGCACAAUCUGAGGGCGCGGUUACCCAGCGCCUGGAGGCAGCUUCCAGGAGAUUUCUGGGGCUUGCAGAGGGCCUGCAGACGCGUUUAGAGGCGCCUCAGUACAAGCUGCAGGGGCUUGCGGACUCCAUACAGGAGCGAAUCUGGCCCAACAAUGGAACCGUGCAAGGAAAAGAGUUGCUGUCAGCAAGAGGAGCUGUUUCGUCUAGAGGGGAUGGUGUGACAGAGAGGCUGGAGGGGAGAGGAGAGGAAGAGCGGGAGGUGGUGGUGGUGGUGUGCGCUGCUGCCAUGCCCGGUGUGGACGUGCAGGCCUUUGAGGUUGAGGGAGACGCGUUUCCGGAUCUGGGCGGCAACAUGGCGCACAUGUGCACUCUCACAGGCCUGCAGCCACAUGACUACCCAUUCACCUCACCCCCUCUCCUUCCUUCGCUGCACUUUCUUGCCCAUCAACCUCCCUCUCGCCCGCUCCCCGCACCUGUCUCUCCCCCAUUGUUGCCGCCCCUCCCUGCAGGCCCGUCACUGCCCAGGCUUCUCACCCGCCUGCACACCAUCUUCCCCCACUCCUCCAGGGCAUCGCUGCUCACCCACAACCAUGCUGUCCACAUGCACCGCGCCUGCGCGGCGUCGCCCCCAAACGGCUCCACUGCCGGCCUCUGCUUCUCCCUCAGCCCCUCUGCGGAGCAGCAGAGCAGCGAUGCCCUACAAGCGUGCUUCACGCACUUCAUCCGCCACCUCACCCUCCCCCUCCCCCCUGCCGCGAGCCUCCGUGCCUCCUCCUCACCUCCCUCGCUCACCACUGCAUCUGCUGCUCCGAGCAUGGACAUGCCUGCAAGGGCCAUUGCACCGCCUGCCCCCUGGAUUCGUGUCAAGGAGGGGAAGGGGAGGGGAAUGAGGGAUGAGAAAAUGAGGGGUGACCAGGGGUGUGGAGAUGACGGCGGGGGGGAGGGCGGACUGGGGACAAAGGAGGAUGAGUGGGAGACGAGAAGAGGGGCGCGAGGGGGAGACGAGCGGAAGGUGGGGGAAGAUGAGGGAAGAGCGGGGGGGGAUGAAGGGGGGCGUUGA